AUGCGCGCAAACGAGGGAAAGAAACCCAUCGCACUUAUAGAUGCGGAUCACUACAUAAUAAACUACAGAAGCACGAUAACGACGUAUGUACAAAACAUCUGCAACAAUCUUCUGAAGGAGAAUGGAGACUCAGCUGAUCAUUCUAAUAAGGAGUGGGACGCCAAGAGGAGGGAACGGAUCGUUUGCGUUUUCAUGUUCAGCAUGUACCUUAACAAUAUCCACAGGAAUUUAAAUAUGUUCGGUUACUUACAUGACGUGCUGAUAAAAUAUAACCAUCUAAUGGGGAGAAGCAGGGUCAGCCAAGGAGGGAUAGAAAAGGGUGAGGAUAGGAAGAUGGACAAACUGCACCAUGUCCAGGUGAAUGAAACUACCCUGGAUGGAAGAACGUCGCUACAGAGGGAAAUGGGAACCUGUGACGAACAAUACAUGGGGGAGAAGGAUGGAGGAUCCAGCGGGGAAGGCCCUAGUCGACAUGCAAACAAUGCCCAACCCGGAGAUAUCUGCCAUUUCAUGCACGACUUGAUAAAAGACAAAAAUUACGCCAACAUGGAUAACGUGAGGGAGUCGAAAGUCUGCUUCUUAAACAUAAAAAAUAAAGAGAAGAAUGCAAAGGGGUCGCCUGAAUCGUUAAUAGAUAGUUUCGAUGCGGAAGGGCACACCUGUGCAACUGAACUGAGUAGCAACUCUAAAAUAAGUGGGACGAAUCUGGGCCAUGCUACGAAGAGGAGUAGCACUAGCAACAGUGAUGAGGAUACAGCGGAUGAUGAGGAGGGCGAUGUCAUUGCAGACGACAUAGAAGACAUCGCUGGGAAUACUGCUGAGGAGUCCUUCAAGUCUGCCGUGCAUCCCGACGGAGAUGAUACAUCCCUCAGGACGAAUCGCAGCACGCCGGCUGAGGCUGUCAACGAAGACAGUCUAGAAGACCCCCAAGACGACUCCUUCCACGAAUCGCAAGGUAGCACCUACCGCUUUAGCAACUCCUCUCCAGUGUGCCAAGGGCAAAAGCAGUUUUUAAUAAACUACAGUAGUGUGCAUAUGAAGGUGAAAAAUUUCGACAGCCUACUAUGCGUGGAAAACUUUUUAGUGGAACAAAAAAAACAAGCAAACAUACAACAUUUCUCCAAGGAAAUAGAAAACCUGUACAGAAUAAUUGUGCUGUCCAAAUUGCACAUAGGAGUAUAUCGCUUUUUAACUUUUUUAAAAAAAGAAAAAUAUUUUUUACUAUUUUUCAGUUCCAAUAAAAAGUUAACACAGACACUAUUCAGGUAUUUUAAAAUUUCAAAAUAUUUUAAAAAUUGUUACAAAAUAAUUGACUCAUUUGAGGAACUGGAAAAAAUUGGAAACGCCAAUAAAGAGGUCCUCAUAUUUAGUAAUCGUGAAUGUUUUGUAAAUUCAGCCAAAAGAGAAGGAUAUUUUAAUGUAGCAGGGGGUAAGAAAAAUCCUUCCAUGGCAACAAACUGUGAUGAUGUGAACUGGGAUAUGUUAAAAUAUAGCCAGGUUUUUUUUUCCGAUACUUCCGACUAUAUGUCGAAUAAAUAUAAUGAUGUUGUAUAUCCCUUUGUGCGAAAUUGUAAUUUAACGGAGGACAUAUUAUCAUGGCGCAUUUUUUAUAUUUUUAAAAAAUAUAUGUACAUACACGGAACUGUGGUGAAAGGAUUUGGAAGAGGCAGUAAAUACUUGAACAUUCCGACGGCCAAUAUUUCCUACUCCAAUUUAACCUCCACCGAUAUUAUGCCUGGCAUAUACUUUGGUAUAUCGAGAUUGAAAAGAAAAAUUUACAAAACGGUGGUUUCAAUUGGUUAUAAUCCCUUCUUUGAAAAUAAACAUAUAACUAUAGAAGCCUUUUUAUACUACAAGACCAAUACUUUAUUUUAUGAUGAGGACAUUCAUUUAAUUAUUGUUGGUAUUCUCCGAAGCGAAAGCAACUUUUCUUACUUUUCUCACCUCAUUCAAGCCAUCCAGUUUGACUGCGAACUCGCACGCAUUAUUCUCAGCAGACUUCAGGAUGAUGAGCAGUUCCUCCGAUGCAGGGAUUACCUCCAGUCGUUGUAG